GUGACCUGGACUCAGGCUCAGAGCUACUGCAGACAGCAUCACACUGACCUGGCCAGUGGACUCGAUCAGAUAUACAGUGAAGAGUUUAAGACGCUGCAGAACUCUACAGGCUCUAAGGUGAAAUUGUGGAUCGGCCUGUUCAGAGACAGCUGGAGGUGGUCAGAUGGGAGUAACUUCUCUUUCAGAUACUGGGACAUGGACUCAUUCAAUGAUGGACUAAACAACAGGACAUGUGCUACGACUCUGUUAGAGAGAUCAGGAAGAUGGCGCUCAGCUGGAUGUGACCAAAGAAAGCCUUUCUUCUGCUAUGAUGAUAAACUGAUUCUGAUCAAGAAAAACAAAACCUGGGAGGAAGCCUUGAAUUACUGCAGACAGAAACACCAUGACCUGGUUUCAAUCAGCAACCCUGAGGAGCAGCGAUGGGUCCAGGAAAGAGCCAAAACCGCCUCGACUCCUUUCGUGUGGCUGGGACUGCAGUACGGCUGUGCUGCACGUUUGUGGCUUUGGGUCACUGAUUAUGUAGUGUGCUAUGAGAGGUGGGCUUCAGGGGGAAGGACUGAAGACUGUGACAUGUCUGCAGCCAUGACCACAGGAGGGCAGCACGAGACCUCUGUAUGUGGGCUCCUGGGCUAA